AUGUUUUCUUUUGCUUCUCUCGAAUCUCUUGAUCCGCUACGCCAUGCGCUCCCAUUGACCUGCGCAGGAUUGGUGAUCAUAUUCACUUUCUAUUUAUCACAGCACCAUAGCCCCAAACCCGCCCCCAACAUUCCAAUCCAUAGUUACGACCGCGAGGAGUACUUCCGUAGAGGUUACGAACUAGUCCAGGAAGGCCAGAAGAAAUACCCGAGCUGUUUCCAAUUACGCACCGCCACAGGUUGGAAAAUUCUUGUUCCCAUCAGAUUUGUUGAGGAAUUGCGCAAGAACCCGUCCUUGAGUUUCGCAAGGGGCAACGAUAAAGAUGCUUUCAUCGAGUAUCCGGGCUUCGAAGCGAUGGAGGCAGCUUGCCACGAUGACUAUUUCAUGCAGGAGGUUGUCCGGGUGAAACUUACGCAAACUUUGAACUUACUCUACUCGAGUGUUAUAGACGAAUCUGCCGUAGCAAUGAUGGACGUUCUAGGAGAGGAUAAAAUCUGGCGUACUACACGCAUCAAGGACGAUGUCAGCCACAUAGUAGCGCGAGUGACAAGUCGUGUAUUUCUCGGAUUUCCGCUCUGUCGCAACCAGAGAUGGCUAGACAUCGUCGUGAACCAUACCGCGGCAGUAUUUAUGGCCGCGAAAAGGAUGCGACAGACACCUCCAGCGCUACGUCCACUGAUCCACUAUUUUCUGCCUGAGACGAAACUUCUUCGUCAACAUCUACAUGCCGCACGUGCCCUUAUCAGUCCCGAGCUUGCGAAACGUCGAGCUGCUGUUGAGGAGGCAUUGCGACAUGGCAAGAUUCCAAAGGAAUCGGCCGAUGCGAUUUCCUGGAUGGUCGAGGUUGCGCAAGCUCAGGGCCGGAAGAUUGACGUUGCUGUCCAUGUGGUAUCUUUGAGUAUGACAGCGAUACAGACUACUGGAGAAGUUUUAACGAACUGCAUUCUGCAGCUCUGUGAAACGCCUUCAAUCGUAGACGACUUGCGGGUCGAGAUCAUUUCUCUCCUGAAAGAAGGUGGCUGGACAAAGUAUACGCUGUAUAAGAUGAGACUUCUUGAUAGCUUUAUUAGAGAAGUUAUGAGGCACCAUGACUUCCUCCGAGUCACUUCGUGGAGAGGAUGCACUGAAGAUGUCGUGUUGUCGGACGGCACGGUCCUUCCCAAAGGUAGCUGUAUCUACUUCGACGAUAGCAAGGUCAUGGACCUGGAGCACUACCCAGACCCGGAAAAGUUCGAUCCAACGAGGUCGCUGAGGAAACGAGAGCAGCCUGGGCAGGAAGAGCGCCAUCAAUUCGUGUCAUUACAGACGGACCACUUGGCUUUUGGUUACGGCAUACAUGCGUGCCCUGGCCGGUUCUUCGCUAACAUGGAGCUUAAGGUUAUGCUUUGCAAUUUUCUACUCAAGUACGACGUUAGACUAGUGCCUGGGGAAAAACGACCAGCUGAUAUCCUAUUCGAAGUGCAGAGGAUGGUACCGCCUGAUGUCCAAGUUCAGAUCAAAGUAAGGGAUGUAGAGCCUGAAGUUGACCUAUAUUCUCCUAUGGAUAGCACAUAG